AUGAAGAACGGAACUUCAUCCUCUGACUUUAUCCUCCUGGGGCUUCUGGUAAACCCUAGAAGUACAGGGAUUGUCUUUGCGGUCAUCUUCGCUAUUUUUGUGGUGGCUGUAACUGCAAAUUUGGUCAUGAUAUUCUUGAUUCAGGUGGACUCCCGCCUCCACACGCCCAUGUACUUUCUGCUAAGCCAGCUGUCCAUCAUGGACACCCUUUUCAUUUGUACCACUGUCCCAAAGCUCCUGGUGGACAUGGUUUCUAAAGAGAAGACCAUUUCCUUUGCAGCCUGUGGCAUCCAGAUCUUCCUCUACUUGACCAUGACUGGCUCAGAGUUCUUCCUGUUGGGCCUCAUGGCCUAUGACCGCUACGUGGCUGUCUGCAACCCUCUUAGGUACCCAGCCCUGAUGAACCGCAAAGUGUGUCUUCUUCUGGCUGCUGGAGCCUGGUUUGGUGGGUCCUUGGAUGGCUUUCUGCUCACCCCAAUCACCAUGAAUGUCCCCUACUGCGGCUCCCGCAGUAUCGACCAUUUCUUCUGCGAGAUCCCUGCAGUUCUCAGACUGGCCUGUGCUGACACAUCCUUGUACGAAACCUUGAUGUACAUCUGCUGUGUACUCAUGCUGCUCAUCCCCAUCUCGAUUAUCUCCACCUCAUACUCCCUCAUCUUGUUGACCGUCCACCGUAUGCACUCGGCUGAGGGCAGGAAGAAGGCCUUUGCCACGUGUUCUUCCCACUUGACUGUAGUCAGCAUCUUCUAUGGGGCUGCCUUCUACACGUAUGUGCUGCCCCAGGCAUUUCACACCCCUGAGCAGGACAAGGUGGUAUCAGCCUUCUAUACCAUCGUCACACCCAUGCUCAAUCCUCUCAUCUAUGGCCUCAGAAACAAAGCUGUCAUGGGGGCAUUUAAAAAGAUACUUGCACAAUGCUUAUCUGCUCGGAAAGUAUCCACAAGUGAUGGUUAG